CCGAGACCCUGCGAUCUUCACCGUCAACCAUCAAUUCCUCCCUCCUCCAGGCACCAUGCGGUUCGCUCUUCUCGCCGGCCUGGCCUCCUUGGUCUCCUCCGUCAGCGCCACCGCUCUGACGUAUAGGCUCGAGGCCAAUGAGAAGGCAUGCUUCUACACCAAUGUUGAGCAGUCUAAUGCCAAGGUGGCAUUCUACUUUGCUGUCCAAUCCGGUGGUUCCUUCGAUGUUGACUAUACUGUCACCGCACCUGGCGGCAAGAUCGUGAUGGAUGGUACAAAGGAACGUCAGGGCGACUUUGUUUUCACGGCGCAGAGCAUCGGCGAGUACGCAUUCUGCUUCAACAAUGAGAUGUCCACGUUUGCCGAGAAGAUGGUUGAUUUCGAGAUUGCCGUCGAGAACGAGCAGCGCGCCCAGCUCCCCUCCCGCCAAGGUGCCAGCCCCGAGCAAACCACCAACCUCGAAGAGUCCAUCUACAAGCUAUCCGCACAGCUAUCGACUAUCUCCCGUAACCAGAAGUACUUCCGUACUCGUGAAAACCGCAACUUCAGCACUGUCCGCAGCACCGAGCGUCGUAUUUUCAACUUCAGCGUGAUCGAGAGCUUGAUGAUGGUUUCUAUGGCUGCUUUGCAGGUGUUUGUGGUGCGCUUCUUCUUCCAGGGCGCGCGGAAGGGUUACGUGUGAUGAGCAUGAAGUCAAUAAUAUGAUGCAUUUACUUUUUUUUCUCUCUUCUGGAGUAAAAUCCCCCCCCUACCCUCGACAUGUCUUUUGUUCUAGUGUAUCCACCUUUCAUGCUAUAAUAGGCUACCUACUAGAAUUACUCAUCUUUCAAUUGAACCGAAAACAGGUUUUUGCAUGACAUGAGAUUGAUCUCCUC